ACGAUAGCGAUAUCAUAUUGGCGCAACGGCUACAAUGUGAAGUGUGCAUGUGCAAUAAUUUAAUUCGCCUUUGCACUCCUAAACAGCGCGAUUUUCGUAAACUUUUGCAAAGGGUAAAGUCUACAAAACUUAGUCCACUGUUCAUAAAAUAUUUUAGUUUUGGGAACAGAAAACUGUAUUGAGAUCAAAUGUUUAAUCGAUGUGAACAUGUGCAGUAUGUCGGACUUGCUUAUUUUUGUCACUUCCUUGCAUUUGGAGAGGCGGUGGCAAAUAGGUUGUAACGCAUACCAUUUUGGCUCAAUGCAUGCGUAUGACCGGUAUGGACAAGUGGCUAAAAUUAGAUCAAGAUGGAGAACAGCGUACCUCAGUUUCUUCCGUGGGAGGAGCCGGAUUAGCACGUUUCUACGGAAAUGACGCUUUCGCAUUAAAGCAAGUUUAGCGCGCGCGAGUGAGCUGCACAAACCAUUUCCCCUCCAGGAAGAGACAACUCGUGUCGCACUUUGUGAAGCGAGAAUAGGAUCUAUUUUGUAACCAAGCUAGCAACAUUUAGACCUAAAAACACUGAAGUUGACGGGAAAACGUCUCAGUAAAUAUUUUCUUAGUUCUACUUGAACCAAACACAGAUUCCACCAUGUUUGAGGCUCGCUUGGUACAGGGAUCCAUCCUGAAGAAAGUUUUGGAGGCUCUGAAGGACCUGAUCACAGAGGCCUGUUGGGACGUGAGCUCGUCGGGUAUUUCUCUCCAGAGUAUGGAUUCGUCCCACGUCUCCCUUGUUCAGCUUACCCUCCGCAGCGACGGGUUCGACUCUUACCGCUGCGACCGCAACCUCGCCAUGGGAGUCAAUCUUAGCAGUAUGUCAAAGAUCCUCAAGUGUGCUGGGAAUGAGGACAUCAUCACUCUCAGAGCAGAAGACAACGCAGACACACUCGCCCUAGUCUUUGAGACUCUCAACCAGGAAAAGGUGUCUGACUAUGAGAUGAAGCUGAUGGAUCUUGAUGUGGAACAGUUGGGAAUCCCAGAGCAGGAGUACAGCUGUGUGGUGAAGAUGCCAUCAGGGGAGUUUGCCCGUAUCUGCCGUGACCUUUCUCAGAUUGGUGACGCCGUUAUGAUCUCUUGUGCAAAGGAUGGAGUUAAGUUUUCUGCCACGGGAGAGCUGGGCACCGGCAACGUCAAGUUGUCCCAGACCAGCAAUGUUGACAAGGAGGAGGAAGCUGUGACUAUUGAGAUGAACGAACCAGUCCAGCUGAUCUUCGCGCUGAACUACCUUAACUUCUUCACCAAGGCCACACCCCUUUCCAAGACCGUCAUCCUCAGCAUGUCUGCAGACAUCCCCCUCGUGGUGGAGUACAAGAUAGCCGACAUGGGCCACGUUAAGUACUACCUGGCACCCAAGAUCGAUGAGGAGGCUUCCUAAACCUCCCUGGUCAAAAGUCCAAUGGAAAAACAGGGGGUUGGUUCCUACUUCCUGUGGCUGGGGAGGAGGUACUUCCUGUUGUGAGAGAGGGGAAGGGAUGGCAUCGCUGUUGGGGUUUUGGUUUUUAUCUGUAUUCUACAUUUCUGCGUGGUGAUAGUUUGGCUAGCUCUUCCAGCAUCCAUGAGUGGGGUUAUGGUAAUAUGGGUCUAAAUACAGGUUGAUGUAUCUGGAUACGUUCACUGAUAUCAGCUGUUUGGUUAAUGCAGUCUGACUUGAGAUUGAUAAUGGUGAAAGGGUUCUAUUAAUGGAUCCCCCUGUCUUUUUCUAUGACCAGUGUUCUUAUUCAAGCUCAUUUGUUGACCUGUGACCUAUCUAGCCCCCUGAGGAAGAUCAACAGACUUGUCCACUCAUCCCUCUUUCUCACUCUCCCUGUCAUCUGUUUGGAAAACAAAUUCUCAUUCCGAUUUGUAGAUAUGUCUGUAAAUAUUUUCUGUGGUCAUGUUAACCACCCAGUUUUGUAUUCAUGAACUCAAUGUCACAAUAAAUAAUUUGAUUGUGA